UCUCUGGUCCAGUCAUGUAGUCAUCAUGGCUCUUCUGAUUCCCUCCGUACUCUCGUCCUGUCUCUGUUUGUGUUCUCGCGCCUCUUCUGCGCCUUUUCUCUGAGUUUUGUUGUAGUUAAUCAGUCGUCGUUUCUGUCGGAAACUCUUGUUUUUGCGCUUUUCCGACGCUUUGGGGAGUUCCGUGCGUCCGAGCAUCCCGCACCUCUCCACGCUUUAAAUCCCACCUCUGGCUGCUCCACCUGGACCUGUUAAUCUCCCCAUUCAGUCACCCGUGCGGUCAUUUGCCAUCGUCGUGACUCCUAAUUGUUUCUUGGCAGAGUGGAAACCACCGGGGAAAAGGCUCAUAUGAGUGCGCCUCCGCUGAUCCGUGCGCCCAGCCCGCUCCCGUUCUCAGGGGGGACAAACAACACCAACACCGGCGCCGGGGGAGGAGGAGGAGGAGGAGGUGGUGGUGAUGGUGGCGGUGGUGGCGGUGUGAUCUCCUUCCACAUCCAGAUCGGUCUGAGCCGUGAGCCGGUGCUGCUGGACGCCGCAGAUCUCAGCCUCAGUCAGGUCCGGGAGGUGGCGUGCUCCAUCGUGGACCAGAAGAUACCAGAGUGUGUUUUCUAUGGGAUGUAUGAGAAGAUCCUGCUGUUUCGUCAUGACCAGACAUCAGAGAACGUGCUGCAGCUGCUGCGCUCUGCCUCUCAGAUACAGGAGGGAGACCUGGUGGAGGCCGUGCUGUCAGCUUCAGCCACAGUGGAGGACUUCCAGAUCCGUCCACACUGUCUGUUUGUUCACUCGUACCGAGCUCCAGCCUUCUGCGACCACUGUGGAGAGAUGCUGUGGGGACUCGUACGGCAGGGACUCAAAUGUGAAGGCUGUGGUCUGAAUUAUCACAAGCGUUGUGCCUUUAAGAUCCCCAAUAACUGCAGCGGAGUGAGGAGGCGUCGCUCGUCCAACGUUUCCCUGACGGGGGGGCUGAUAAACAUGGGCCGCCCCCUCUCUGCUGAGCCCUCGCCGCCCCACUACACCGACGAUGCUCUACUGUCUCCAGUCAGUCCCAGCAUGGAGCAGAAGAACCAAUUAGAUUACUUCCCUGGUAGAGAGCGGCGCUCCAGCUCCCAGUCGUACGUUGGCCGUCCCAUCGAACUGGACAAGAUCUUACUGUCCAAGGUCAAAGUUCCUCACACCUUCCUGAUCCACUCGUACACCCGACCCACCGUCUGCCAGCACUGCAAGAAGCUGCUGAAAGGCCUCUUUAGACAGGGCCUGCAGUGUAAAGAUUGUAAAUUUAACUGUCAUAAACGAUGUGCUCCUAAAGUGCCAAACAACUGCCUGGGAGAGGUUUCUAAAAAUGGAGAGCUCCUGAGCCCAGGGGCGGAAUCAGAUGUCAUCAUGGGUUGCCUUGACGACCAUGAUGUCGACAGAGGUGGCGGCCUGUUGGACGACAUGGAUGAAGCGCUGACAUCAGAGGGGGGUCUCCUGCUGGAGGCGGGGCCCAGCGACCUGUGCGACCUGCACGAUCCCGACCUGGACGAGUCCAACCGGGCCAUCAGCCCGUCCACCAGUAACAACAUCCCUCUGAUGCGAGUCGUUCAGUCCGUCAAACACACAAAGAGGAAGAGCAGCAGCGUGAUGAAGGAGGGCUGGAUGGUCCACUACACCAGCAAGGACACUCUGAGGAAGAGACAUUACUGGCGCCUGGACAGUAAAUGCAUCACGUUGUUUCAGAACGACACAGGAAGUAAAUACUAUAAGGAGAUCCCGCUGUCAGAGAUCUUAUCUCUGGAACCGGCUCAGACCUUUUCUCUGCUUCCUGAUGGAGCCAAUCUUCACUGCUUUGAAAUCGCCACAGCAUCACUGGUUUACUAUGUCGGAGAGAACCUGCAGAGAGCUGAAUUAUCGGUGACUGGCAGCAGCAUUCUGGUCAGCGGGGUGGGGCAGGAUGUGGCUCGGAUGUGGGAGAUGGCCAUCCAGCAUGCUCUGAUGCCGGCCGUCUCUACAGGAGUCUCCCACAGCUCUCACCGCGGCGGACACAAGGAAAUUUCCAUCAGUAUUUCUGUCUCCAACUGCCAGAUCCAGGAGAAUGUGGAUAUCAACUCUGUGUAUCAGAUCUUCCCAGACGAGGUUCUUGGCUCAGGACAGUUUGGCAUUGUCUAUGGAGGUAAACACAGGAAGUCCGGCCGAGACGUCGCCAUCAAGAUCAUCGACAAACUCCGCUUUCCCACCAAACAGGAGAGUCAGCUGCGCAACGAGGUGGCCAUCCUGCAGAGUUUGCACCACCCGGGCGUGGUCAACCUGGACUGCAUGUUUGAGACGCCGGAGAGAGUGUUCGUCGUCAUGGAGAAGCUCCACGGAGACAUGCUGGAGAUGAUCCUGUCCAGUGAGAAAGGACGACUGCCUGAGAGGAUCACCAAGUUCCUGGUCACGCAGAUCCUGGUGGCUUUGCGUCACCUCCACUUCAAGAACAUUGUUCACUGUGAUCUGAAACCUGAAAACGUCCUGCUGGCUUCUGCAGACUCAUUUCCACAGGUGAAGCUGUGUGACUUUGGUUUCGCUCGGAUCAUCGGCGAGAAGUCGUUCAGGCGUUCUGUGGUCGGCACGCCGGCGUAUCUCGCUCCCGAGGUCCUUAGGAACAAAGGCUACAACCGCUCCCUGGACAUGUGGUCGGUGGGAGUCAUCAUCUACGUCAGUCUCAGUGGGACGUUCCCUUUCAAUGAAGAUGAAGAUAUCAACGAUCAGAUCCAGAACGCUGCCUUCAUGUACCCUCCUCAUCCCUGGAAGAAAGUUUCCCAGGAAGCGAUUGACCUGAUUAACAACCUGCUGCAAGUUAAGAUGAGGAAGAGAUACAGUGUCGACAAGACCCUCAGUCACCCCUGGUUACAGGACUACCAGAUGUGGCUGGACCUGAGGAACCUGGAGUCCCGGAUGAACGAGCGCUACAUCACCCACGAGAGCGACGACCUGCGCUGGCAUCACCACGCCCAACUCAGCGGCCUCGACUACCCCACGCACCUCUGCAACGGUCCCCGCGGUGACGGCGGGCAGGGGAUGGAGCGCUACCAGGAGCAGGAGGAGGAGCUGGAGACCCUCAGUGAGAGGGUCAGUGAACUCUGAGGACGGGGCCACGUGUGAAGAGUUUUAUCUCCGACACGAGACAAGAAAAUGAAAGAAAGCACAAAAUUAAAACAAGUGAGGAGACAAUUUAAAGAUCAGUUAAAUCCAAACUUUUACUGGCAUACGUAACAAAACAUCAGCAAAGCACCAAUUUAAAUUUCACUGACUGCAUAAUUCACAGCUCAUUAAACCAAAUAAGGGUCGUUUUUGAAUAUUACGGACUUUAAGAUGCCUAUCUUCUAUGAAAGCACAUUGCAUUCACUAAAGGGGAAAAAAGGUUAGCUUCCGCUAGAAGCUCGGCGAGAUCCGUGUCUCGUUAACAUGAGAUCCGUGCUUUGCAUUUGCGAGAUUAGGAUAUUGUAAUUUUUUUAUCUUAUAGUUAACCAAUAGAUUCUUGUUUUGUUUCGUAAUCGUAAUUAUUUUAUUCCGUAUUUUAUUUCGUAAUUACGAGAUCCUUGUUUUCCCAAAGUAAGGAUUCCAUAAUUACUUUAUUUCAUAAUUAUGAAGACCUUGUUUCGUAGUUACGAGGUAAGAGUCCCGUAAUCAUUUCUCAUAAUUAUGAAAUCCCUGUUCCGUAAUCGUAAUAAUUUGAUCUCGUAAUUAGGAAAUCCUUGUGUCUUAAUUAUUUAUUUCUAUCACAGGGUCAAGGGUAUUUUAAUUAUUCUGAUAUGGAUAUCUUGUGAUUAAGAGAUGCAGAUCUUGUCAUUCUUAAAUGCUGAGUCAGUUAUAAGAUGAUACGAGUGCUGAUAAAAUAAUUAUGAGAUCUAUACCUUAUAAUGCCAAAAUCCAUAAUUUGUAAUUAUAAAAUAAGGAUUCAUAACUUCUAGACAUGAAUCUUGCGAGUAUGUAUGCAGAUCUCCUAAUUAUGAAAUGCAUAACUUUUGUGAUUGCAAUGCACUUUCACAGUUUUCAGCCUCGACCCACAGAGUUAUUUAUCAGAAAGGCUAAACGUCGGACUUCUUCUUUUAGACAAUCAGAGAAAUCAAGACGCUGCGGUAAAGCAGCGCGGAUUAACAUUUGGAAACCACGAAACUUCCCAGUUUGUGCCUCUCUCGUAAUCAUCACUUUUCUAUAUAUAAGACUUUGCACUGAUGAUUACAGUCAAGUUAUGGAAAUAAGCCACGGCUUUAAAUUAAGUUAAUCAUGAAACAGAGAGGCAGAUCGUUAUCAAAACUCGCGAAGGGUUCAUAAAGAUUCUUCUAUCACUCUGCUAUAGUAGAAUUUAGGCUCUCUGGGCCACCGUACAUUUUAUUACAACUUUCUUUUAGAUUUGACCUUGUGUAGAGUAAAUGUUUAAAAGCUUAAUCAAUAAAAUAAUUUAUACAUUAAUCAACAGUGAAAAGUGAAAAAGUUGUUAG